CCGGAAGUUUACUGAUCAUAAUUCAGCGCCUGUUGGCUAUCACUAAAAUGAAAGUUGGUCUGUAUCUUCUCUUAUGAUUUGAAAGAGUGUCAUCAAAAUAUAUGCAUGACCAUGCUGCCCUGGAAGAGUUGUCUGCCCAUCCUGGUAGUACUGACAAUAUUUGGUCCGUUUUCGAGCUACCAGUCCAGUGACCCAGUGGCUGAGGAUGAUGAAGGAUAUAUUGACCCUUUUGACAUGGAAAACUUUCAGCAUCCGUCAUCUAAAAAAACUCCUCCAUCUCAACCAAAGAUUGAUGAUGAGAUUCCACUGAAGAUGACCACAGGUGUUCCGACAACACCGCCGACAACAGCUCCACCAAAGGCUAAACCAAAAGAGAAUACAGCACCAAAAUGUGAUAAGCCUGAUUCAAAGUCACAGUCCAACAUACUUUUUCGGAAUUAUGUCAAGUUUUUACUCGGAAAAUUUCGUGGAAAAUUGCAACAGUCAUCAUCUACAGAAGAAUUCCUGAUGUGGGUGAAAAUGUCGGGAGAUGAUGUGAAUAAUCUAGAAAUAUUUGCCUCCGGUCAGUCCAGCAAUGUUCACGAUGCACAUGAAAUUCUGACCUCCAUGAUAAAGAGAGUGACAAAGUCACACUAUGGGACGACAGAGAAAAUGCAGGCCUGGUUCCAGGACAAAUUUGGCUUCUCUUUGUGGGACGUUAUACAGAUACUCGCCAUGAUAGCGUUAGUUUGCGUUAUCAUGGCAGCAGGUUUCCGGAUCCACCUGACCUGGCGCCAGUUCGUACUUAAAGCCUGCAUUUUAGCCUUCCUCAUUAGUAUUCCUAUGACCUGGUAUGAACUUUACAAGGCAGCAGAGAUCCAACAGCAGACUGUGGCCAUGAAGGACGCACCACCGGAGUGUGUGAAGGAGAAAGAGGACCUAGAUGAUGGUGUACUUGAUACUUGGUUUGGUGUGGCUCAGUCAGCAUUCAGGGGAUUGUUUACAUUUAAAAAAGACAACUGUCAGAAAUACUACGAACACAUGCUUAUCAACCCAUUCCUGAAGGUUCCGCCCACAAAGGCCUUGGCUGUGACUUUUGUCCGUUUUUUCGUUUCCCCGUUAAAAGAUGUUGGCGAAGCUUUAGGAGAGUUCCUGAGAGCUUUACUGAUCGACCUACCCAUCACUUUGUAUCCAAUAGCCAUUGCUACCGUGACAAUAUUCUUUUUCCUCCUCUUGUUCAUGUGGAUGGGUUACAGCAUCCGUCUACCGUUCUUUUUGUCCAUUGAGCCAGGCCAAACGACGGUGGUUGGGGGAGACACAGGCACACAAGAAGCUUUGGAGGAACACAGCAAAGAAAUGCAGAAUCAGAUGAAGGCUAUACAGGACGCCCUGGUAAGUCAGGAAGAGAAAGUUAUGGAGAGGAUUAUGCACAUGGAGAAAGUCCAGAUGGCUUCUAUAGAGUAUGGGGCGUCACUACAGCAGCAAGGUGCUGGUGAUAAUCGCCCUCCUACCCUACCCAAGAGAGCCAAUCCCGCGGCACACCCUCAGAUGUCCAUCGAGGCAUCCGACCGCGAUAUGGAGAAAAGUUUAUCAUCAACAUCUUCAGGUGGCAGCAUUGUGGAUCAUUGUCCAAACAUUGAAAAUACAGAACUCAAAUCUCCAAUUCCCUGUUCCGAGGUUGCAGAUUCAGAAAACUGGACACAAAUUACAACUGAUGAUAUAAUAAAGGACGAGGGGGUAGGGGCUAACACCAGCUCAGCAUUACCAGGGACUGGUGAGCCGGUAGUGGCUGGUCCUACGCAACCAACCAAUGAGGUUGUGACACUAAGACCUGCAGGAAUCCAAACUUCUGAUGCCGCUUAAUUGAUUAUCUCCCCUUGUCUAUUUCCAUCAGUAUUUAUUGAUUAUCUCCCUUGAAGAUUUUGGGAAUGAAAAUGUCCAUUUUCAUGUGUAUUGUUUGAUAGUGAAAGUCGUAUGUGUAAGAUAAUGACUGAAAACAAAUCAAUUGAUGAAGUUGAGAUUGAUGACUAACACUCACACUUGAUUAAACUAGAAUGAUUUUGCUAAUCAUUUCAGUUCAUGUCCCAUAUACGAUCAUUAUUAUUAUUUUUUUUCAUUAACCUUAAUUUUCAACAAAUUUUGUUGACUUUUCAUAUGCGAGUUGGACUUGGCAUCUAGUUACUUUGUCUAUUUUAAGCUUCCUUUAAAACUGAAAAUCCACUAAUAAUAACAUAUACUUUAGAAUAUCAAAUUACAGUACGGGUAAAGGGAUACAACUUAUUCUUGGAUGGUAUUUCUUUGAAUAAUACAAUUCACAGUCUGACUCGUAGCUUGCAUUUAUUUAACGCAUUAUAUAUAAUCAUGCAAGAUAAGGAAAUUUAUUGAAACAUUUUCCUGUAUGAAUCCUGUGGUACAUGAGAUGUUGAGAGGUGUACAGGUUUAUACAGAAUCCCUGAUAUGGUGGGUUCCAUUCCUGAAACCAGGCACUGGAUCGAUCGUACAGCUAAUGGUGAGGAGGCCUCUGUGUAAUCAGCCGUAAUGGGUGAACUGUGUCACAGCAAACGAUGGGCUCAGCUCAGGAUCUGGCUCGCCCUAGGAUAUGACAUGCCUGUGCGAAACUAAUUCCAAAAUGUCACAACUGACUGACUAUUGCUGUGGUUUUCAGAAUUUCUACUCUAAACAUGGUAAGUGCAUACUGGAAAUGUUAAACUGGUAACAAUAUGGAAGAAAAUUCCCAAGCUGUGCAUGUUAAGUUACCCAUUUCGUUACUCAUACCCUGUAUGGGUGUAUGUUCAUUUCCAAACAAACCCAAGCUCAGCUGGGUUACGCAAACCCUUGUGCAUUUCAAACAAUAUAACCAUUGUACUUAUGUAUUUGUCAGUUGUUGGUGGAAAUACUAACAAACUUUUAUAUAAUUGAUUUAUUUUGUAAAAAAAAACAGCAAUUCUUCAGUCUUUAUAAGCCCAUUAUCAAGUAUGGUAUAUGUAAACAUAUAUUUUGUAAAACAUUAAUUUAUUCCUUUACAGAUUUUGAACAAAGUCUGUUCAAGUUUUGUUUGUUAGAUAUGAUAGUGUUAUCUUACUAGUAAAACUGGAGUGACUCGUCUUGACUCUUGUGUGACAGUAAAACUGGACAGACUCAGCUUGUGUGUCAGUAAAACUGGGGAGACUCGGCUUGUGUGUCAGUAAAACUGGACAGACUCGGCUUGUGUGUCAGUAAAACUGGAGAGACUCGGCUUGUGUGUCAGUAAAACUAGAGAGACUCGGCUUGUGUGUCAGUAAAACUGGACAGACUCGGCUUGUGUGUCAGUAAAACUAGAGAGACUCGGCUUGUGUGUCAGUAAAACUAGAGAGACUCGGCUUGUGUGUCAGUAAAACUAGAGAGACUCGGCUUGUGUGUCAGUAAAACUGGACAGACUCGGCUUGUGUGUCAGUAAAACUAGAGAGACUCGGCUUGUGUGUCAGUAAAACUAGAGAGACUCGGCUUGUGUGUCAGUAAAACUGGACAGACUCGACUUGUGUGACAGUAAAACUAGAGAGACUCUGCUUGUGUGUCAGUAAAACUAGAGAGACUCGGCUUGUGUGUCAGUAAAACUGGACAGACUCGACUUGUGACAGUAAAACUGGACAGAUUUGCUUGUGUGUCAGUAAAACUGGACAGACUCAGCUUGUGUGUCAGUAAAACUGGAGAGAUUUGCUUGUGUGUCAGUAAAACUAGAGAGACUCGGCUUGUGACAGUAAAACUGGACAGACUCGGCUUGUGUGACAGUAAUAUUGAAGAGACUUGCUUUAAUUAUUUGUGUGCCAGUUAAACUGGGGAGAUUCGCUUUUUGUGUUGGUAAAGCUGUGUACAUAUUCGCUGAAACUGGGGAAACUUGAUUGUGUGUCAGUAAAACUGUGGAUAGGCUCGCUUUUUUGUGACAGUUAAACUUGAUAGAGUCGCUUUGUGUGUCGGUAAAACUGGCGAUUGACUCACUGGUGUGUCAGCAAUAUUGGCGAUAGACUCGUCUCGUGUCAGUAAAUCUGUGGAUAGACUCGUUUUGUGUGUCAGUAAAACUGGGGAGACUUGCUUGUGUGUCCACAAAACUCGCUUUACAUGUCAGUAAAUCUGUUAAGUCACUUUGUAUGUCAGUAACACUGGCGAUAGACUCUUGUGUGUGUGUCAGUAAAACUGGCGAUACUUGCUUUGUGUGUUGGUUUAACAUGGAAGACUCUUUGUUUUGUGAGUGAAAUGAGAGAGACUGAAUUUUGUGUUGGUGAAACAGGCGAUCUUUUUUGUCAGCGAGACUUGUUUUGUGUGUCAGUAUAACUGAUCAAAAUUACAAACAACAUUGUAGUUGUGUUUAUUUCUGUAUUAUGUAUAUGUGACUUACUGUAUAAAUAAAAGGUGUUUAUCAGAUCAAUGCAAAUAUUGUAUUCAUACAGAAAACAACGACUCUUUAAGCUUAUAACUGUUUAAUAAUAAAGAUCUAUUGAA